AUGUUGGAAUUCUUGGGUUCUCAGAUAAAUGAGUAUGCUACUACAUGGUACGUCGUUGUACCAGUGGUGUUGAUCAUCUACAAGAUGAUAGCUACAUUGUACGAGUCAUACUUGACAAGGAAAUUGGGAGCAAAGCCCAUUACGAACUGCCAAACUGACGGCUGGGCCGGCUUCCAUGCGCCCUUUGUUCUUAUCAGGAAGAAAGCUAGUGGUGAACUCAUAGACUUUGGGGUUGAAAGGUAUAAGGAGUUGAAGAACCCGGAUGUGCCCACUUUCAUGUUUAAAAUAUUCAAUAUCCCCAUUUUAUCAACCAAGGAUCCCGAAAAUAUCAAGGCGAUACUUGCUACCCAGUUUUCCGAUUUCUCGUUGGGAACUAGACAUGCCCAUUUUUUGCCCUUGCUUGGCGACGGUAUCUUUACCUUGGACGGCCAAGGUUGGAAGGACUCCAGACACAUGUUGCGUCCGCAAUUUGCACGAGAGCAAGUUAGCCAUGUCAAGAUGUUGGAGCCCCACAUGCAAGUCUUUUUCAAACACGUGAGAAAAAACCAAGGCCAAACGUUUGAUAUCCAGGAGUUGUUCUUCAGAUUGACCGUGGACACCUCGACGGAGUUUCUCUUUGGCGAGUCGGUGGAGUCUCUUCGAGACUCGUCGAUUGGCAUGCGCCCCAACUCGGGCGAUUUCGAAGGCAAGGAGAAAUUUGCAGAAGCGUUCAAUUAUUCUCAAAACUACUUGGCCUCGCGCGCGGUGAUGCAAAACCUCUACUGGCUCUUGAAUGGCAAGAAAUUCCAGCAAUGCAACAAGAUUGUCCAUCGUUUUGCCCAUUACUAUGUCGAAAAGACCUUGACUCUCACGCAAGAGGACUUGCAGAAACAGAAUGGUUACGUUUUCCUUUACGAAUUGGCUAAACACACGAGAGAUGCAAAAGUGUUGCAGGACCAGUUGCUCAACAUCAUGGUUGCCGGUAGGGACACCACUGCCGGGUUGUUGUCCUUUGUAUUCUUUGAGUUGGCCAGAAACCCCGCCGUGCUUGCCAAGUUGAAGCAGGAGUUGUAUUCCAAAUUUGGCUCGGGCGCCGAGGCCAGAAUCGAAGAAAUCACUUUUGAGUCUUUGAAAAGCUGCGAGUACUUGAAAGCAGUGCUCAACGAGUGUUUACGUUUAUACCCAUCGGUGCCGCAAAAUUUCAGAAUCGCCACUAGAAACACCACAUUGCCUCGCGGUGGCGGCAAGGACGGCAUGUCGCCGAUCUUGGUGAGAAAAGGCCAAAAUGUUGUUUAUUCAUGCUACGCGUUGCACCGCGACGAAAAGUACUACGGCAAGGACGCCGAAUGCUUUAGACCCGAGAGAUGGUUUGAGCCAGAGGCCAGGAAAUUGGGCUGGAGCUUUGUUCCCUUCAACGGUGGUCCAAGGAUCUGUCUCGGCCAGCAGUUUGCCCUCACCGAGGCGUCGUACAUCACAACCAGAUUGCUUCAAGAGUUCCCACAUUUGAGCCUGGAUCCAAACAUUGGGUAUCCACCAAAGAAGAUGUCGCACUUGACGAUGUCCGUGUACGACGGCGUUAACAUCAACAUGUAUUAG